GCUUAAGGCUGAAGCGUCGUGGCUUUGCCUAGGUCACCUCUGCAGGAUGCCGCACAAGAUGGGGUUUGUCGUGGUCAGUUCUUCAGGACACGAGGAUGGCUUCAGUGCUCACGAGCUGAUGGUUCACGCGCCGACUGUGAGCGGAUGGCGAUCACCCAGACUGUGCCAGUACCCACAGGAGAUCGUUCUGCAGCUGGUGGAGAGGUGUCGGAUUCGGAAGCUGCAGUUGCUGGCUCACCAGUACAUGAUUUCAAGCAAAAUUGAGUUCUACAUCAGUGAGAGCCUGCCUGAAUACUUCGCUCCGUACCAGUCAGAGAGGUUUCAUAGACUGGGCUACGUCCCUCUCUCAGACAACCAAAAGACGGAUUUCAAAGCACGAGAGUUAAAAUCUGUGUAUGUGGAUGCAGUUGGCCAGUACCUGAAGCUGAUUUUCCAUAAAAAUUAUGUCAAUAAAUACAACAUAUACGGUCAGGUUGCCCUGGUAGCUGUGAACAUUAUUGGAGAUCCAGCAGACCUCAGUAAUGACAGCAAUAAUACUCCUUCCAGAGAGAAGCUGAUAGACUACUACUUGGGGAUUAAAUCAGAUGAUCCUGCCUUAGAUGGAACUUACCUUGGGAAACUUGACUCCAUUUCUCCUCUGGAUGAUUUGGCCUUUGACAUGUACCAGGAUCCCGAGGUGGCUCAGAUGAUCCGCAGGCUGGACGAGAAGAAGCGCGAAGCCGUCCGCCACGAGCGCUACGAUCACGCCAAGAAGCUCAAACAAGCCAUUGCAGACUUGCAAAAGGUGGGGGAGCGGCUGGGGCGGUACGAGGUGGAGAAGCGCUGUGCUGUGGAGAAGGAGGAUUAUGACCUGGCUGAGAAGAAGAAACAGCAGAUGGAAGCGUACCGCCUGAAGGUGUACCAGCAGCUGGAGCUCCACAACCUGCUGGACACCCAGCUGCUGAGUCGAAAACCACCUGAAUUGCCUUUGGAGCCUGUGAUGUAUAUGGACAAUCCUCAGCACACAAAAGCUACAAAUUCCCCUCCUCGUGAGCACACAGAACAGCACAAAGGAGAGCUGUGGGGAGCAGAACCUUUGCUGGAAGAGAAGUCAGCAGGUCCUGCUGCUGCUGAGCCCCUUGUUCCCCAUCAGUCGCCUCCUCCUCCUCCCAGGACUCAUCCCACAACCUCCAGGGAAGUGCUUCCCAAAGGAAAUGUGGAGUUUGUGCCUUACGAUGAGACACCUCUUCCAGCGGGCUGUGAGCACCCCGAGGAGGCGGCCGCGUCCCCGGAGAGGGCAGAGCAGGGUGUCAGCAGUUCUCCCAGAGGUGGCAUUGCUGGGGAGCCAGAACCAUUAACUGAGAAGGCACUGAGGGAGGCCAGCCCUGCUGUUGAGGUUUUUGGAGAAGCUUUGGUUUCAGGAGCAUAUUCCAGAACCUGGUCGUAUCGAGAAGAUGCAUUGCUGGCUGUCUACAAGAUGCUGAUGGAAAUGUCAGUAAACACUCCAAAGGAUGAACUGAAGAAUGUGCUGAGAGCUGCUAUUUUCCUUGUAAGGAGAGCCAUCAAAGACAUCGUGUCCUCGGUUUUCCAGGCUUCCCUGCAACUUUUGAAAAUGAUCAUUACUCAAUAUAUACCAAAACAUGAAUUAGGAAGAACAGAAACUUCUCAUUGUGUGGAAAAGACUCUUCCAAAUUUGCUUUCUAGAACAGGAGACUCUUCAUCCCGACUUCGCCUUGUGGCAUCUAACUUUAUUCAGGAAAUGGCACUGUGUAGUGAAGUUAAACCCCUUCAGAUUGUUCCAGCUCAUUUGGUUCAACCAUUGAAGCCAAACUCCCCAACACACCUGGCAAUGAGUCAAGCGAAGUUAGUGGAAAGCCUCUUGAAGGACAUGGGGACUGAAAACUCGGGGUUUACCGUCAGCAGCGUCAUGAAGUUUGCAGUGGGAGCCCUGGAGCACAGGGCACACGAGGUGCGCGAGGUCGCGCUGCGGAUCGUCUUUGCCCUGUACAGGGGGCACAGAGCUGCUGUCCUGGGGCACCUCCCUCCCGACGGCGCCAGCGCCCGCAGGACGCUGCUCUACAGGACACUCUUCGAGGGCUUUACCAAAAUAGAUGGUAAACUUCCUGGAGCUGAAAUUAGGGCACAGAGAAAGGCAGCAACAGAAGCAGAGAAACAGAAGAAGGAAGAAAUAAAAGUACUGCAAGAUCAGCUGGCAGCUCUGGAGGAGAUAGAAGCAGAAAUUCAAGCUGAAAAGAAGAAAGAAUCUGAUUUUCAGAAGCCAAAGAAUCAAGGUUUACAGGUAAACCAAAGCCCACAGCCUGCAGCAGCAGAGAUUCCAGAUGAUCAUUCCUCUGUUGCAAAUUAUUUGGAUAACUUGUGUAUUUUUUGUGGUGAAAGGGAUGAAUCCUUCACAGAGGAAAGAUUGGAUCAGCAUUACUGGAAACACUGCCCAGUCUUAAUCAGAUGUGAGCACUGCAAACAGGUGGUGGAGAUCGCGAGCCUGACGGAGCACCUGCUGACUGGCUGUGACAGGAGGGACAGCUUUGGGAAGUGCCCACGCUGCAGCGAGGCCGUGCCAAGAGAUGAGCUGCCCAAACACCUGAAGAGCAAGACUUGCAAUGCGGCUGAACCAGAAAAUGUGGCAAACCAUUGCCCACUGUGCCACGAAAACUUUUCCCCAGGAGAGGAGGCCUGGAAAUCUCACCUGAUAGGCAAAGAUGGCUGUAAAAUGAAUCAGCGGAGGUUAGCCCCAAUAAAUAAAACCAUUCUGCUGCAGCCUGGAAAAAUAAGUGGCAGGAAGCUGGGUCCUUCAGGAGCCAGAACUCAGCCUCCCUCAGUAGGAAGCAAGAUCCCAAGCCCAGGAGAGGGCUGAAAUAAAAGCACUAACAAAACAUGCUCAGAGCAAUGA